CAGAAAACAAGUUAAUGACUAUUUAACCAAUUUGGUAGCGCAAUAAUUCUGCAGAAAUAAUGCCAUUGUCCCACCUUAUGCCCAAUUAAUUUCUGCUGAUCUGUGUAAUCCACUCGAUUAAGUACAAAAUCUUGGGUGCAAAACCAAAAUCUGUCAAAAAAAGGAAAAUUUAAAACAUUUCAUUACAAGAUUACAUGUAUGAGCUUUAUAAUCGGGCCGACCAAAAUCAAUCCGAAAAAGGAGAAAAAGGUGCCAUCUUCCACCCACUACACAUCUCUUUGAAAAGAAAAAAAAGAAAAACAGAGGAGCAAAGAGAAAAAUAGAAGAAUAUUGGCAGUCAUUGUGCUUGUCCCUCUUCAAUAUUCUUCUAGCCAGCCUGUUGAGCUCUUCAGUUACUCCAUUGUUUUUUCAAGAAACAUAGUCGAUGAAGCAUAAUAAGGAAAAUGUUCAUCAAAAAAAAAACCUCAUGGACAAAUCCUCCCCCGACUGCCCUUACCCUGGCUGCUUCUUCUGCGUGAUGAAAGAAUCGAACCCCACAAAACGGCGAUCUUCCCUCCUCAAAUUCUUCCGCGACCUCCCUUCCCAAGACGACGACGGCCAAGUCCUCCCCAUCAGCGGCCUCUGGAACACCGCCAUGGCCCACCCCAACGACCCCGAGUUCAUCGACCUCGGAAUAUUCGACUGCAUGUCGGCCCUCAUCUGCAAAGGCCUCCGAAACCGCCGCUGGCUGGCCCACGACCAAAACGUCUACAUCCCUUACUACGCAGCCCACAUAAUCGGCUCAUACACCAUGAACGUCGAGUCUUUUGCCGAGGCCGCCGUCCAGGCUGGCGCUAUCCCCCCGUUAAUCGAGCUUCUUCGCGGUCGACUCACGUGGGUCGAGCAGCGAGUGGCCGUUCGAGCCCUCGGCCACCUCGCCACCUACUCCACCACUUUCGAAUCCGUGGCUGCCCACACGGAAGUCCUUGAGCUCGCCAUCCAGCUGGCGGCCAGCUCGCUCGAAAUCGUGUACACGCAUUUUUACCGGGACCCUGGACGGAGGCUCGGGUACCACUGUGAUCUUCUCACGCGUGGAAUGGGUGGGGUCGAGAUGGAGUCGAGGAAGGCUGAGGAGUGGGCUAGCCAGCUUCAGUGCUGGUCAUUGCAGCUGAUUAACUGUUUCGCGUUUAAAGCUGAGUUCUUGCCGGAUAUUUGCAAGCCGGAGUUUUUGACGAGGCUGCCUGGCUUGUGGGGCGGGCUGGUGAACGAGAAUUCACCAGCUGGGAUUGGGCUGCUGAGGACGAUUUGUCAUCAUAAGCUCGGGAGGGGGCCUGUGGCGGCUUGUGCAGGGGUUGUGGAUGCUUUGUGUAAUAUAGCUCGGUCUUCGGACGAUUGGCAGUAUAUGGCGAUCGAUUGUUUGCUUUGGUUGCUUCAGGACCCGAGCACUUGCCAUAAGGUCAGUGAAAAGGCGGUACCCGUACUCAUCGACCUUGCAGACAUAACUACACUUGGGGACCAUAAAAAGCUCGGGGACUCAAUAAUCAACGCCCUUGAAGAAUACAUACAGUCUCCCGGGCUGCCGGGCCGCGGCUCGAUUAGCAGCCGAGUCAAAUCAGAAGUCGAGGAGCUCCUAUCCCUUCGCCAGAGGCUAAAAUGGGAAAAAAACAUGCCUAAAGAGGAUCUCCACAUAAAACACGCGGCCGCUUUAGUAGUGAAGCUCGAGGGAAACUCUCUCUUCUCUGCCGGAGACAUUUCCGGUGCCGCCUCGAAAUACUCGGAAGCACUCUCCCUUUGUCCAGUCAGGUCCAAGAAAGAAAGAGUUGUACUUUACAGCAAUCGAGCCCAGUGCCACCUGUUGCUUCAGCAGCCUCUGGCGGCCAUAAGUGACGCCACGCGUGCGCUUUGCCUCCACAGUCCGGUGAACCGUCACGCGAGGAGCCUGUGGAGGCGGGCCCAGGCUUACGACAUGCUCGGGAUGGCUAAGGAGAGCCUUUUGGAUGCCAUUUUGUUUGUGAACGAGUUUUCGCAGUCGGCAGACGCGGAUCUUUCGUUGAGGCAGAAUAAAGUCCCAGAUUAUGCGGAGAGGCUCGUGAGGAAACAGAUGAGGGCCGCGUGGCUGUUUCGGGAGGCUGCAGCUAAGCAUGGCGGGGUUUUGUGUGAGGGUGGUGGGCCCGGUGAUGGCUGUGGUGGACAUGAGAGUGAUGAUUCGGAGUGGGAGACUGCGAGUGAGAGUGAUAUGGGGAAUGAUGAUGAUGAUGAUGGUGGUGGUGAGGAGAAAGGUGAAUCAUCGGGUGGCGAUGGUUUCGGGAGGAAAGAGAGAGGGGGGAAAGGUUCGAUGAGAGGUACCGUUUAUUGACUUUUGCGUUAUUUUUUUUUUAUUUUUAUUUUUUGAUGCAUUAUUUGAGUUGGUGUUGUAUUAUUUUCUUUCAUUCGUUCCGAGGUUUUUGGUAGAUCACUUGGCUUAUAUACGACUUUCAUUACCUUGUGUGACUGUUUGAUCNUGAUCGUUUAGUUCAUCUUAUUUUGAUCUGGUUUUUGGUUUGGUUUCUUUUGCAAUCCUUAAAUU